CGCCAUCACCACCACCACCAUCGUCCAAUCGAUUUGACGCGUAGCCUCGACACCCCCUCCCUCUCCCGGCGCGGCGGCAAAUGGCGGCGAUCGGCGACAGCUGGUCGGCCGGCUCGAGCCCCACGCGGCGGACCUGCGUCGUGGUCGGCGGCCGCGGCUUCGUCGGGCGCUGGCUCGUCCUCCGCCUCCUGGAGCUCGGCCAGUGGAUCGUCCGCGUCGCCGACUCCGAUCCCUCCCUCCGGCUCGAUCCGUCGGCGGAGCCGGACGCGGCGCUCGCCCGGGCCGUCUCCUCCGGCCAGGCCUCCUACCACCACCUCGACGUCCGCGACAGAUCGUCGGUGCUCGGAGUUAUUAAAGGUUCACAGGCUGUGUUCUAUACGGAUGUUAUGGAUUUAUCCGGUCAAGAUUUCUACAACUCUUACAUGAUCAUUGUUCAAGGUGUAAAAAAUGUCAUAAACGCUUGUAGAGAGUGCAAAGUCAAACGGCUAAUUUACAACAGCUCUGCGGAUGUUGUUUUCGAUGGUUCAAGGGACAUAAUUGGUGGAAAUGAAUCAUUGCCAUAUCCUUGGAAGUAUGCAGAUAUGUUGAGUGACCUCAGGGCUCAAGCGGAGGCACUUGUUUUGUUUGCAAACGAUAUUGAUGGUCUCUUGACAUGUGCCCUUCGUCCUAGCAACAUUUUUGGUCCCGGAGAUGCACAGUUUGUGCCAGCAGUUGUAAAUCUAGCACAAUCCGGCUGGAUGAAGUUUAUUAUAGGAGGUGGAGAAAAUUUGUGCGACUUCACCUAUAUUGAGAAUGUAGCUCAUGCCCAUAUUUGCACGGAAGAAGCUUUAUGUUCUCGGACUGUCUUUGUAGCGGGAAAGGCAUUCUUCAUCACUAACAAUGAACCAGUGAAGUUCUGGGAAUUCAUCUCUCUCUUAUUGGAAGGCUUGGGAUAUCAAAGGCCUUUCAUAAAGCUGCCUGUUAGCAUGGUCUACUAUUUUUUCUUGCUUCUUGAAGGGAUGUUUGAAUCAUUGGGCAUCACAAAGAACAGUUAUAUUAUGUCAGCUCGCCAUUAUGUUCAAGUAGCCUCCCGAAAUAGAACCUUUGAUUGCAGUGCGGCCCGGAAGCAACUUGAAUACUCUCCGACUGUUACCCUAAAAGAUGGCAUCGCAACAACCAUUGCAUCAUUCUCUCAUUAUUCCAGAGACUCAUCUUAUGGGGGAGAAGGUGAAUUCCCUGAACAGUCAAAAGCAGAUUGGAUGCUUGGCGGUGGAAAAGUAGCGGACAUUUUGCUUUGGAGAGAUGAGAAGGAGACAUUCGCCUACUUUCUGAUUUCGGUGGUGUUGUUUUACUGGUUCUUCAUUAGUGGAAGAAGUUUUAUCUCAUCGACUGCUUAUCUACUACUCAUGUUGAUGAUGGCUCUCGUUGGGUAUGGUUAUCUGACAUCAAACCUGUUCGAUUCUAAUAUCAAAACAGCGUCUUUCUCUUGUUUUGAUAUGCACAAAAGCAUAGUAGAAGAGUCGCUUGGGAGUAUCAUCUUGUUGUGGAACAGAGGGGCCCGUAUUAUGAGAUCAGUGGCAAAAGGAGAGGAUUGGAACAUUUUCUUUAAGACCGCUGUCGCUACGUAUUUCUUGAGGCUCAUUGUAUCAUAUUACCUGACUUACGUAGUUGGUGCAGCUCUCAUCUGUUCGUUUACUUGCUUCUUCAUCUACGAACAAUACGAAUCGGAGAUUGACACACUUGAAAGGGUUCUGAUAAGCGGAAUGAAAACCUUGAAGGGAUGGUUGGUGAGUUUCUUGCCUCUUUCCAAAACGCCACAUGGCUGCACACAAGAUUUGUAGCACGGGGACUCAUCCAAACGCAAGAAACCGUCUGCAAUGACCACCACUGACCACCACCUGAGCUUGACAGCAUCGCCUCUCAAAUGUAAUUAGUGAAUUAGCAAUUUCACUAGGGGAUCUGCAUCCAGGUACAGCGAUUGAUCGUAGAAUUAAGCUAGAAGGCGCUUCCUUUGAGUCUCUAACCAGGUCUCGUUAACUUCGAGAAGUUCUGGAAAUAGAUUGUUCCUGUCCUUUACAACACGUCUGAAUCUCACGUCACUAAAGCACAGUUGGCGGUGUACACCGAUGACAUGUAAACAGCAACUGUUCAAUGGAACGCAAUGGUUGUUCUCUUUCCUUUCA